GGCGUGACCUUGCCAGGUGGUUCCAUCAUGGAUGAAAAUGUGGCUGAAUAUAUCCGAAGGACUGUGCUAAAAAUCCCAAGGGAUGAAAUCAAAAUGAUGCUGCAGAAAUGGGGCUUUCUCUCUGAGGCACAGCUGCAGACUCUAAAUUUCCACCAGCUAAAGGACAACAUUUCUCAAGAAGUUGUUCAACUCUGUGAGGAAAAUUCUGCAGACAUAAAGCAAGCAGCAGUUCUAGACAUAAUUUACAACCAUGUCUACCAAAACAAAAGAAUGUGGAGUGUUUACCAGAUGAAAAAAUCAGGAGAAGAAGUGGAAUAUUUUGACAUAGGAGAUUUCAAAAAAAAGUUUAAAGGAAGACUUCGGUCAGCCUUGAAAAAUGUCACCAUCACCUUUAAGGAAUAUGAGGAUAAUGAAAUCUGGAUUAGAAUUGCCUGGGGAACACCAUAUAAAAAACCAAACCAGUACAAGCCCAGCUAUGUUGUGUACCAUUCACAGACUCCCUAUGCCUUCAUUUCUGCCUCAGUGCUGAAGAGCAACAUGCCUCUGCUGUGUCAGGCCCUGAUUGUUGCCUCCAAUUACCAUGACAUCCGUGAAAUGGAGCUUCGAAGUCAUUCUUUAAACUCCCUUAAAGAUAUUGUGUUUAAAAGAUAUAGCCAGAACUUCCAAACUUACACUCCAAAACCUCUGCGAGGAGGGAAUGUAGAACCAGAAAAUGCAGAUAUAGGAAUAGUCCAUGAAAACAGAAGUCAGACAGAAAGAAUCCACAGACUGAACCAGGAAGGUUUUGGUAGUGGUCCACAACCAAAACUCGAAUUUGCACAAUACAGGCUUGAGACGAUGUUUAAAAGUGAUCCUAAAAUGGAUGUUUUGGAUAAAAAAGAACCAUUCAGAUGUUUGGUCAAGUUUUCUAGUCCACAUCUUUUAGAAUCACUGAAAUCCUUGGCACCAGCAGGUAUGGCUGAUGCACCACUGUCACCACUCCUUACAUGCAUACCACAUAAAGCUAGGAAUUAUUUUAAAAUUAGAGAGAAAAAAAGUUUAUUUCCAGAAAGUUUUGUAAGCCCUUAAUUUAAAGCUGAUUCAUAGAGAAAUAUGCAACUUAUUUAUUACUGGUAUUAAUCUAAAUCAUCAUAAUCUUUUAAAACUAGCUUAUUCUUUGUUAAUACCUUAAAGUUUUUUCCAAAUUAUGCUCAUUAAUUAUUUUUCCAUAGUUGUCUUUAACAGAAGUUAGCUUUAACUAAUUAAAAAAGUUAGUUGCUAAGUUUAAACAGAGACUAUGGUUAUUUUAACUUUAAAUGUGACAAUUGCUCUUAACUAUAGUUUUGAUAAUAUUUGUGAAGUUAAUAAAGGCACAAUAAUAGCUGUAGAUGUUCAGUUUGCUGUCAUAGCUGUAGGUGGCUACAAUACUCCAGGUGGCCUUUCACAUUUUGGACAGAACACUUGCCCUGAAGAGGGGGAACAGUCCCAUCCAAAUGGGUGGGGCUCCCUGGCUGCAGCUCAGGCUUGUUUUUAUCUAAGUAGGUGAAUUGAAUUCUAAGACUAUUUCAGGGCAUGGGGGAGAAUGGACUUUUGGAAUAUGCAUGUCAGUGAGAAGCUUCCAUCCAGCUUUAGGAGGUAUUCAUUCAGCUUCCAAAGUCUUUCUCACUAAGGGCAACAGCCAGUAACAAAUACUUGAAAAUCUGCCUGUUGCUAUUAAUGCUUUAUGAAAUUUUUUGUUGGAAGAAUAUACUGAGGAAUAUACUUUUGAGGAAUGUACAAAUUUUAGAAUAUCUCAGUAUUUGAUCCUUCUGAAAUCCUUGCCCAUUGCCACUGCUUUUUUUGCCUGGGACAAAGACUGUGUAAUCAACAUUGCAGCAGUCACUAAUGCAAACAGCUUUGCAUUGGAGUUCUUUUUUUAGUUUGUAAACACAGGUAAUUGUAUAGAUGUUUCCUGCUUUGUUUUUUGAGAUUGAUUUGAUCUGAAGAUUCAUUUAAAAUGUACUAGAUGUUUGGGUUUUUUUAAAUUCUGUUAUCUGGAUUGUUUUGUGUGUACUUUAUGUAUGUAGAAUUCCCAUAUACUUUCAAUAUCUCAGUGUGCAGAAGCAGCCCUACUUCCAAAGGUUGUAUGGGCAUGUUUCUUGGACUGUAAAUAAAUGUGUAAAUUAAGUCUUUGCAUAAAAGGUUGUUUGGCCUGACUUGAAAACAUUACUUACCAUAUACUGUUUUUUGGUUUGGUUUUCAGCACUUCUUUAACUCACACAUGAAAAGAGAUUUCGGACUAUCUGCUAGUGAUAUGGAUAGGAAUUCCACCUGUGUGAUUUAAACGUUGAUUUGACAAAAUACUUAACAUAAUGUUA